GCUUCUCAUUGCAGACAGCAGCUGGAAACGGGGAGGAGGAGGAGGGGACGGGAGCUGGAGGCCAGUGGUGCACCCAGGUGCUCACGUUCGACCUUCCAAGGAUCCAAGGAGAAGCCGGAAGCAUGGCAGGAAAAGCCUUCAAGAAGUCCUCCAUCCCCGGGGUGAGCAUCCUGCAGCUGGUGGAGGAGAUCCCCGAAGGCUGCAGCACACCGGACUUUGAGCAGAAGCCUGUCACCUUGGCUCUGCAGGAGGGGAAAAAUGCCAUCUUUCGGGCAGUGGUGCGUGGGGAGCCCAGACCCGAGGUACGCUGGCAGAGCGCCAGAGGAGAUCUCCACCACUCCAGCAAGUACCAGAUCUCAUCUACCCCUGGCGGCAAGGAGCACGUGCUGCAGAUCAACAAGCUGACCGGAGAGGACACAGACCUGUACCGCUGCACCGCGCUGAACAUGUAUGGAGAAGCCGUGUGCUCAGUCAGGCUCACCGUCAUCGAAGUUGGUUUUCGGAAGAACCGGAAGAGGCAAAAGGAACCCCAGGAAGAUCUCAGAAAGGAGUUGGUGGACUUCCGGAAGAUGCUGAAAAAGAGGGCCCCACCUCCAGCCCCCGAGAAAAAGAUGGAGUCAGCUCAGGUAUGGCAGCUUCUGAUGACUGCAGACCGGAAGGACUAUGAGAAGAUCUGCAUGAAGUACGGCAUUGUUGACUUCCGGGGCAUGCUGCGUAAGCUCCAGGAGAUGAAGAAGGAACAAGAGGACAAGAUGGCGCAGUACGUCAGUGCUGUCUCCAACUUAAGGCACAUCAGGGUCACCAAGGAGGGAGUUGCCACAUUCGACCUGGAGCUGGAUCUCAAGGAUCUUCAGAGCAAGAUUUAUUUGUACAAGGAUGGCGAGAUGAUCCCCUACGGCUUUGACAAUCAGACCAGGCACUGUCUGCGGCGGCUGGGGAAACGCUACCAAUUCCAGAUCCAGGACCUGCGGCCCGAGGAUGCCGGGCUGUACCAGGUCCUGGUGGAGGAAGCCGUGGUCUUCUCCACUGAGCUCGAGGCCCACGCCAUUCCCCCCAGAGUGGUGGUCCCGCUGGCCGAGGCCCGCUGUGAGGAGCGGGGAGAUGCCGUUUUUGAGUGUACUCUCUCCAACCCCUGCCCCAACGCUACCUGGCAUUUCCAGCAUCGGCCGUUGAAACUCAGUGACAACUACGAAGUGUCUGUGUCCCCCGACGGGCUGACCCACCGGCUGGUGGUGAGAGGCGUGCGUUUCUCAGACAGGGGCCUCUAUUCACUGGGUACUGGGCUCCACACCUCCAGUGCCUGGCUGGUGGUGGAAGCUGGGACAGAUAAAGACCCUCAGACCCCACGUGCUGACCACCAGCUCCAGACACAAGCUGCUCAGACACCAGCAGAAGCCUCUGGGGAUAUUAGUGGCAUGGAAAGAAAACUCAGAGAGCAGGGUUCCAUGGAGGACUCCCUUGAGGGGACUGGCCUGGCCUCUGGACUCCAGCUCACAGUGAACCCAGACAGAGAUGGCUUUGACAGGCAUGGCCGCCCCUUGAUGGGGAACGAAAGGGGAACUGACACAACCUGGGGACUUGGGCUGGAGGGAAAGGGCUUUCUAGAAGCAGGAGGCAGGGGGAACAAUCCCCCUCAUGGAGAGAGGGACUGGGGUAGAAGCCUUCCAGAGAGGCCCCAUCGACAGGAAGAAGGCUUAGAAUCAGAGAGAGAAUCGGGCUUCAUGGAAGGGCAACUUCAAGGUCAUGGCAGAGACAGAAAUGGGGACAGAAGCCAGGGAAUGGCAGCAGGAGGCUGGGAAGCUGGCUCCGAUCACUCUCAGGCCGGAGAACUGGGGAACAGCAUGGAAGGGAAGGAACCCCGAAAGGGCAAUGUCAGCCAACUGGGCAGACGUGGCCAGGAACAACCUGGAAUAGGAAAGAGGGCUCUGUGGGAAUCCCAGUCUGAUCCUGAGGGGAGCUGGCUGAAAGGGGAGGGGAAGGAGAUGUUCCAGGACAACCACGCGAAGGAGAUGGAAGGAGAGGAUGGUCUGAGAAUGGCAAGGGGCAGAGGAACCGCGAGGGAAGGGUGUGGGAGUAUGACCGGCUUGGGGGGAGCUGGAGAUGGCAGUGGGUUAGGGCCUCCUUACACUCCCGAGCUUCUUGGAGGAGAUUCCAGCUCCCGGGCAGGCAUGAGCCCUGAGUCCUGGGGCUCUCAAGGAGGUAGAGGUGCCAGUCAUGGAAAAGCCAGGGGCUACUGGGAGUUAGGGGAGCAUCCAGGACAGACAUUUGGAAACAGAAAACUUUGGGGGAGCAGAGGUCCUGAGGUCACGGGUCAGGGCUCCCUGCGGGGGGCAGAUCAGCAUGGCCCUGAGACUGUAGGCAGAGAAGGGAGUUAUAAAACUGGCACCGGAGGCCCAGGAGAUCCCAGGGAAUGGGAAGAUGGCCGGCAAGGGGUCCAGGGGAAAGAUGGCCAGGACAUAGCUGGGGCCUUGGGCAGGACAGGGGAUGGCUCCCAAAGCCUCCGGUCUCCCCAGGGCUGGGCAGCAGAGCAGAAGGGACAAGGGGAGCCCAGCAGAGUAGAGUCUGAAGGCACAGGUUCUCAGGAUGACGCGUGGUCCAGCCUCAGGAAGACCGGGACCCACACUGGGACCAGAAUGUUGGGAUCCUCUGGUGAGGAAGAGAGUAUCGACGGGGCCCAGGUGGGUGCUGUUAUGGACUCCGGUCAGGAACGGGAAGCCAGAGGCUGUGGGCUAGUCAGGUCUUCAGGCCUGGGUACUCAGAGAUCUGAAGGGACACUAGGAGACACGGAAGGAAUAAGAGCUCCAGGGGCAGAUGGGUCUGGACUGGGUUUCGGGAACGGGGCGGGGAGCUCCAGAGGAGAAGGGUUCAGCGAUGAGAUCGGCUAUCAGCAUGGUUUAGGAGGGCUGGGUGGAGUGGAAUCUACACAUGGAGAUGGCUCAGGCUCUUCUAGGGGAACAGGUCCUGGCAAUGGGGCCACUUACGGUGACAGCGCCGUGCUGCUGGGAGAAGCAGAGCCUGGUCAUGGCACAGGUUGUAGAGUCUCCUCUGGGGCACCUGCAGGAGCAGGAGGGUCUGAGGAGGGGAGUGCUUAUAGGCAUGAUUCAGGGGUUCCUGGGGAAAGGUGGUCCAGAGGCAAAAGUCUCUAUAGUUCUGUAGCAAGGGGGUCUGGGAGAGUUGCAGGGGUUGAGGGGGGCCCUGAGGGAAGGCCCGUGGAAGUAGCCCAGACAUGGGAUGCAUCCAGAGGCCAGAGACAAGCAGGUCCCGGGACAGGGCUCCAUCCUGGUGCUAACUUGGGGAGCCCUGGGACAGGGGGGUCUGUAGGUAGAGAGGGUCUCAAGGCCUCAGGAAUGGCGGAAAUGGCUGGGCAGGGACAGGUGGAGACAGAACCAGGGGCCUCUGGAAGAAUAAAGCCUUCGGCUCAAACCAGAGGUUGUGGGGCUCUGGAGGCCUUUGGCGAAGGGGGCGGUGAAGAUGGCACCGGAAGCCCAGGAGCCACGGAGGCAGGUUCUCCGAGGGGAAGGGGCCAGGGGAGUGAGGGGCGCGAGUCUGAGCUCCGCGGCGCCCGGGCUUCUGAGGCUGGAACUGUGUAUGGGGAUAAUUCCAGACCCCCUGGCACGCCAGCUCCUUAUGCUGGGGCUGGAUCGGAAAGCAAGUGGGCUCACGGGGCUGGUGAAGGGAUGUGUUAUCGGGAUGGAGCUGAAGUCCCAGAGCCCAAGGGGCCUGGGGACAGAAGGCUUUAUGGAGGAGGGCCCAGGAAUCUGGGGCCUGGGAGAACAGGUCCAGAGGGUGAGGCGGGCAUUAGCAACGGCCCCGAAGGCCUGGGAGGAAUGGCGUUGACGGGUGAGGCAGGUCAGAGGAACGGUAUUGGGACUUCCGGGGCAGUUCCAGUUGGGAGUGAGGCGGGCUCUAGGGGUAGCUUGGGGCAUUCUGGGGGAAUUUUGUCAUGGGAUGAGGGAGGUGUUAAGGAUGGCAUCAUCGGUGAAACUGGGGGAAGAGGGUCAGAGAGUGAGUUUGGUCAUGAAGGAGGAUCCGGACGACGUUGGGGAACAGAAGGUGAAACACACCACGGAGAUGGCUCAGGGAAGAUCGGAGGACCCAGCCCACUGGCCAGAAUGAAGCCUGAGGCUGAACCCAGAGACCGCAAGACCCUGGAGCCCGGGUCUGGAUACUGGGCAGCCUCGGUGGGCACCACGAGCCCCCAAGGUGGUCCAGAGAAGAGCAGGGGAACGGGGCUUGCAGCAGGGAGUGGAGCUGGGCUGGGCUCUGGGGCAGCUGGGAUGCUGAGUGUCACAGACGGCCCAGCACACAGGGACAGCCCCGGGGGCCCGGCGUGGGGCUCUAAGAGCGGCCGCGAGGGCUAUGGAGCCUCAGAGAUCCGUGAAGCUUUGGGGGCUGUGAGUUCCAUGGGUCCUGGGAUCCCAGGGGCUCCUACAGACAGUAGGAUAAGCAGGGGAGAGGGCAGCUCUGGAGGUCGGGCAGGAACUCUGGGGUCAUCCAGCCUUCUUGACAGUAGGGGCACAGCACAGGGUGAGGCAUGGGCAGGGGGAGCUGCUCCCGAGUCUGGACAUGAAUGGAACUUGAAGGAAGCAGGGCCGACACGCAGGGGUAGUGUUGCUAGCCAGCGGGGAGCGGCACCUCGGGACGCUGGGGACUCACUGCUGGGAGACAGGAGGAUGGGGGCAGGUCCUGCAAGUGCAUCCGGGGCAAGUCAGAUUGUGGACAGCGGCUCUCUUCCUGGAGGUAGCAGCAAGUCAAUACCGGGGCCCACGGAGGUACAAGGGCUAAGCCAGGCUUGGGCCCCAGGCUGGGAGGACCAGGGCUUUGGGCAAGGCAGCACCGGUGCUGAGAACCAGCUCUCAGGCUCGCAGGCUUCUGGUUCUCUGCAGAAGAAUGUUCCCACCUUCAGGGGAGCCAGUGAGGGUCCCAGGGGCUCAGGGGGUGGAGGAGAUGCAGGUCAUGGGGCUGCUGAUGGAUGUCAAGGCCCAGGCUCUGGCAGAGGGAGGACUGGAGGUUCUGAGGCUUCAGGUGUUCUGGGCAAGGGGAAUUCCGGUGAGUGGGGGGCUGGCCUCACCCCAGAGCCUAGGGAGUCAGGAUCACAGGGCACCUGGAAAGGCAGGGACAGUCCAUUUGGUAGGAAAGGCUCUGGAGGCCGACCAGGAGGAAUUCAAGGCUCAGGCUCUCGCAUGAACAAAGGACAGGAAGGAGAACAGAAGCCCCUCAGAGAGCAAGGCGCCUGGGAGGCUGAGGACGGCACAGGUCCCAGGGCACCGAAGGAGUCUGGAGGGCUGGCGCCCGAAGAGCCUGGCAGGUCGGGCAGGCGGCCUGGCCCCUACAGGAACAGGUGGUGCCAGGCACAGUCAAGGGCUAAGACUGGGGCAGAGUGCUCGACAGUCAGUGAGGAUGGAGGUCACCUGAGGCACACGUGGGGUGAAGAUGGGAACCGGGGAGCCCACAGACAUCUUGACAGCAGGAGAGGUGCUGAAGAAGACAGAUACGAUGUCUAUGGCAAGGGGAAGGAUGCCGCCCAGAGCCCCAGAUCCAGAUACAAGAGCAGCACUGGCAGUUCCUCCAUGCAGGCCCGAGGCCCCAUGAGCCACUUCUCUCAGGGCCUGGCUGACACUGAGGUACGGCAGGGGGAGGCUGCCACCCUCUCCUGUACCCUCACCCGUGAUCUGGGACCCGGCUCCUGGUUUAAGGACGGAGUCCAGCUCACUGCCCAGGAUGGGGUCAUCUUUGAGCAAGAUGGGCUCGUGCACAGACUCCUCCUUGCCCACGUGCAGGGAAGCCAGGCCGGGAGCUACACCUUCGUAGCCGGUGGUGAACAGAGCGAGGCCACCCUGACUGUCCAGGACCCUCCCACCAUUGCGCGGGACGCGGCAGAGAAGCUGAGGGAGCCCCUGGUCGUCAAGGCUGGGAAGCCGGUGGCUGUCAAGAUCCCUUUCCAGAGCCGCCUGCCCGUCCAGGCGGUGUGGAGGAAGGACGGGGCCGAGCUGCCGGGCGUGGGCGGGCGGGGAGCCCGGGUGGCCCUGGGGGAGGGCUUCGCCCGGCUGUGCAUCCCCAGCGCGGGCAGGACGGACGGCGGCCAGUACGGCGUGACGCUGAGCAGCCAGGGCGGCUCCGCGCAGGCGGAGUUCAUCCUGCGGGUCACAGACAAGCCUCAGCCCCCACAGGGGCCCCUGGAGGUGCAGCAUCACCGGGGGGCCGGGGUCCACGUCUGCUGGCGGCCGCCCCGCGACGACGGGGGCCGCGCGGUGGAUCGCUACGUGGUGGAGAGGCGGCAGGCUGGGAGGAGCGCCUGGCUGACGGUGGCCGAGCUCCCCGGGGACGGCACCUCCUUCACCGACGCCCGCGUGGAGCAGGGCGGGAAGUACAGGUUCCGAGUGCGGGCGGUGACCGCAGAGGGGCCCGGGGAGGCCCUGGAGUCUGAGGACGUGCUGGUGGCUCCCGACGCUCGGCCGGGGCCCCCCUCCACCCCAGCCAUCCUGUCGGCCUCCAGCCAAUGCGUCACUCUCUCGUGGGCGGCUCCUCGGGGCCCUGGCAGCGCCCACAUCCUGGGCUACCUGGUUGAGAAGCGCAAGAAGGGAAGCAGCACCUGGACAGCCGUGAACGACCAGCCGGCGCCCGAAAGGAAGUGCACAGUGACCGAGCUGCGGCAGGGCUGCCAGUAUGAGUUCCGGGUCACAGCCGUGGCUCCCUCGGGCCGGGGAGAGCCUGGGCCCCCGUCGGAUGCUGUGUUUGCUCGGGACCCCAUGCGGCCACCAGGGCCCGUGCGGGCUCUCCAGGUCACAGACACGUCCAGCACCAGCGUCACCCUGAGCUGGGUGGGGCCGGACACUGCGGACGGAGACCGAGCUCAGGGCUACGAGGUGGAGCUGUGUGUCUCCGACAGUCUCCAGUGGAGCCCGUGCCACGAGGGCACCGUGCCGGGCCCCACCUUCACGGCCAAGGGGCUCCGCCCCCAAGAGAGCUACUUUGUGCGGGUGACGGCAGUGAAUGAGGGGGGCCGCAGCCAGCCCGCGGGCCUGGACGCAUCGGUGCACACCACGCUCGUUACGGCCUGCCCCAGGUUCCUCAUGGAUGCUGGCACAAAGGACUCACUGACCGUCAGAGUCGGGGACACCAUUCGAGUUCCUGUUUCUUUCGAAGCUUCCCCCAUGCCGGAGGUGACCUGGCUGAAGGACGGCCUGCCCUUACCCAAAAGAAGCGUGACCACGAGCGAGGACGGCCUCACCCGGCUUCUGAUCCCCGCAGCCAGCCCCUCCGACGGCGGCCGAUACACCGUGGUGCUGCGGGGCCUUCAGGGGAAGGAGGCUGUGUAUAGCGUCCUCAUCCGGGUGGCAGCAUGUCCUCAGGCCCCCGGGCCCAUCUACCUGCAGGAGAACGUGCCUGGGACGGUGACCGUCCAGUGGGAGCCCUCUCCGGAUGAGGCCCGGGACAUCCCCUUGCACUACACAGUGCUGGUGCGCUCCUCCAGCCACGGGGCCUGGCGAGAGGUGGCUGACCGGGUCCACACCAACCACUUCACCCUCCUGGGAGUCCUUCCGGGUCACGAGUACCACUUCCGAGUGAUAGCCAAGAAUGACCUGGGGGCCAGCCUACCCUCAGACACCAGCCAGCCCUGGUGCAUCUCCCGGCAGCAGCGAGACAGGUUCGCAGCGAAGGCGCCGAGCUACCGUGAGCCCGACUUGAAGCAGAAGCCCCAGUUCCUGGUGGGCCUGCGGCCCCACCUGCUGCCUCCGGGCUGCGAGUGCCGCAUGACCUGCGCCGUGCGGGGGUCGCCCCGGCCUCGCGUCACCUGGUUCAAGGACGACCAGAGCCUGGCCGGCAGCCCCGCCCUGUACAGCAUGGACCUGCUGGGCGUGUGCUCGCUGGUCAUCCCCAGCGUCUCCCCCGAGGACAGCGGCAGGUACAAGGCGGUGGCCGAGAACCCGUUGGGCCGGGCCGUCAGCACCGCCACCCUCAUCGUCACAGAAUCCAGCUCCUAGCCCUGCCUUCCCUGGGAUGGCCCUGUCUGGCCACUGGAUGCAUCUCUGAAGCUUUACUUGGAAGCCACGCUGGCCCGGGGAGCCGGUUCUGAAGGAUGGAGGCCACGCUCCCUCGGGAGAAGGGGGGCUUCCGGGGAGGAAUGACCAGGAGGGCCGCAGAGGUGGAACAAUCGGUUCUGAGCGGAGUCACUCAACAGGAUGGCUGGGCCCCAGUGGACAGGGCUUCUCCAGCUCUGAAGACGGAAGCCAGCUCCUGUUUUUCCUAGGCCAGGCCCUUGGUGGGAGCAGCUGGGCCUGCUGUGGCCGCAGGAAGGAGAGGAAGGGAGAUCGGAGGACC